AUGAAGUUCAAUCUUGUCCUUCUUGCAGCCUUCCUAGCUGCCCCCAUCCUCGCCAAUACUACCCCAGAAGUCCGUGAAGCUGUCGACCUUGCUGACCGCGACAUGUCUGCCGUUGACGAAGGGAAUGAGCUCACGGCCAGAAAGCACCGUGCCAUACGAGAGUGUGCGGAGGAGCAUCUGAGAACUGGUAUCAAUAGCUGGAUUAUUGGAAGUGAUGCGACAGCAUCGGCUUUGUCUGAUAUCAAUGAUAAUCAUAGUUCAAUGAUGAUACAUACAUCCUGUGCCGUCAUUAGCAAGAAGUAA